UCGUUUUGAAACAGUUUAUUAAAGUUACUGUAAUAAGUACAUACCUAUAAAUAGUUGACAAUUAGUAUGCUGUGAAUGUGAUAAAUUUUGUAGUGAUAAUCAUGUCGCUGUCAUUAUAGGAGUGUUUUUACAAAUUUAUUCUCUUAAUUAUAGUCACAUCGUUUACUUUUGACUAUCUGCUAUCGUAAACACGAUAUUUUGCCCUUCAGUGAAUCAAUUGAGUUAUUUAUCAAUGUUAAUUGUGUGGUCAUUGUAGUGCUAAAAUUAUUCAAUUAAAUCUUAAUAAGUUUAAAAUAUUUUGCGUUAUGUGCUACAAUUCUUAUAGCCAGAAAUGCCACGGGAUAUUUUGAGUGAUAGCCUGGCUGUUCUUAGAAUUGUAGAGCAUGAAGAUGAAGAGAAUUGGCCACUCGAAGAUAAAACAUCAUGCAAGCAGAAUACUAAAAAAGUUUCUAAUACUCCCAUAAAUUCUCAUGGUGAAGAAACAUACAUUAAAGAUGACUGUGCUUGUUACUAUAACUAUGCACUUGGCGAUAACGCUGCCAACCGUCAGCAUAAUCCAAUAUAUCAAUAUAAGACAAGUAGUCUUCCAGCAGCUUCCUCCAUUAAUCAGUCCUGGGAUGAAAUUGUGUGCUCAGCAUUGCGGAUAGCUCCUGAAGAUAUUGCUAAUCAAUUAUCACUUCUUGACUUGCCUUGCUUUAAAUCAAUUCAGCCAGAGGAGCUUACUACAUGUGGCUGGACAAAACUCAACAAGUUGACUGUGGCUCCAAAUGUUGUAGCUUUCACUAAAAGAUUCAACAGGGUAAGUUUUUGGACUGUUCAAGAAAUACUCAAUGGUCAAUCUCCAAAGGCUCGAGCUGAGACACUGGCCCACUUCAUAAAGGUGGCAAAGAAAUUAUAUGAUUUGAAUAACCUUCAUUCACUAUUCGCAGUAAUAUCCGCUUUGCAUAGUGCUAGUAUAUACAGAUUGACAAAAACUUGGUCCUGCUUAUCCAAAAAGGAUAAGCAACAGUUUGACAAAUUGGCAGAGUUGUUUGGUGAGAAGGAUAACUGGACAGCUCUUCGAGAGUACAUGCGGUCUAUUGCUCUACCAUGCAUACCUUACCUUGGUAUAUUUCUCACGGACUUAGUUUAUAUAGACAUGGCACAUCCCGUGGGCUCCGGGUCUCCUCACCGUGUCGCCAAAAUGGCAGUAGUUUUGAAGACACUGGAACGUUAUCAGACUUCUGAAUAUGAUAUACAACCACUUCCUCACGUUGCAAACUAUCUCAACAGCGUGCGUUACAUAGAAGAACUACAGAAGUUUUUGGAAGACGAUCAUUAUAAAUUGUCAUUAAAAUUGGAGCCACCGUCACCUAUAAGUAGCUGCGUCGGCUCUAAGGAGUCUGUUAAGGAAGUUCAAGUCCAGGGUUCUUCGACGCCCUUCACCUUGUCACCAUCGCAUCGCCUCGGAUCAGGUUCACUGAGAAUCCAAGGCUCGUACAGCCAAACUAAAUUCAUACCAACUCACAGGAAAUGUCGUUCGCUCGGUUCUAAGUUUCGAAGCGCGAGCUUACCAAGAAAUUUUCACAAGGUCAAUUUCGGUGUGGGCAUAUUUGGCAAGAGUCACAGUGAAGACAAGGAUGAGAAAACACCGGCGGGUUCAGUGAAUCUUUUGGACGACACGCUCUUGGAAUCUCCCAGUUCCGUCUCUGGUGCUAAGAUGUCACAGACAUUGCCAUAUAGUGACGUGCUCUCAAUAAUUAAUCCCGCGGAGUGUGAUUUUCAAAGCUACGUUCGAAGAAAAACGAUAAUCAAAGAUGGCAGGAAGAUAUCGUUGUCCUCGUGGCAGCGCUACUGGCUACAAUUGUCCAGCAAUAUUCUGGUCUUUUAUGGCUCUAAAACUUUUAAAGGGACAGCCAGAAGCGACUUUAGUAAGGAACGUUGCAAGGUGCUACCGCUGCAUGACGGCUGGCGCGCCGUGUGGCUGGAGGGUGAGGCCUCCGAUGCUUUCCAGUUGAUUGACCAUCACGUUGGUACCAUCUACAAGUUUAAGACCGGAUGUGAGUCAACGGCGAAGCAAUGGGUUGAAAAAAUAAAUGAUGUCACGUACAAAAUGGUGAAACCACUUCCAGCUAAUCUCAUGUCAUUCGAAUAAUGAUCGAGUCUUAUCUGUCCAUUUAAACGUUUUAUAAUACUCAUUUUCAUUGGUCGAUGCGUUGAGUUAAUAGGUUUUAAAAGAAAUCUCUAUUUAUUAAUGUAAUUAUUUCUUCAUCUGCGGGCCUCAUUUCAGUGUCAAUGCAUUUAAUAAAUCGUCCGCACACGCGUUUUUUUAUCGACCAAUAAAAAUGGACCUAAGGAAUCAACUGAUGUAUUUGAAUAAGCGUCGCGUGGACUUUAAAUGACUUGAAGUAAAUUAAAGCGCUUUAUAUAGGUUUAUUACAAACCAGUUGUUUAGUUGAUAUUUGACGACGUUUUUUUGUUGUAUUAACCUUAUGAUGGUGCACCCAAUGCGUAUGGAUAUAUUUUAAAUGUAUAGUACAUUACCUUUAUUCACCUUCACCUGUCUAAACUUCAAUUAUAUCGAUAUCAGAGUUUACGAUGACCGUGUUAAAAUUCACAUUUUGUGUUUAUUUAAAAAUACCUCGUAGGUAUUUUGUACUUUUUAAAUUUAAUAAUGAUGAACUACUCAUUUCCAUACAUUAUCUAACAUAUUGUCGAAACAACGUAAACUGUCGUACUAAAUUAAACGGAUGGUUCAGUGAAGGUAAGUGUUGUCGUGCGUUUGUGGUGUUCAAAUUAAGUUUUUGCUAAUGUCAAUAUGGCUAUGAUUAUGUUUACAAAAACUGUAAUGCUUCCUGAUAUAUAUUAGAAUAGAAUAUUAAUAUAAGCUAUCCGUCUAAUCAUGAAAUAAUAAAUUGAUACACAGCACUAUUUCGUAAGUUGUUUAUUUCAUUAAUAUACUCUUAUGGUAAUUAACAGUUGGAUAAUAAAUGUCCAAAUUAAAUUAUACGUAAUUUAAUAGAUCUCUGUAAAGGAUCUUAUCUCGUGGCUACCUCGCGUCACAGAUUUUUCCUUAUGUCUCGUAUGGCUAUUUUUUUACACGUAUAAUAUUUAGUCACAAUAUUGCAGUGUACAUUGACGAAGAAAGUUAUUUUAAUACUUAUAUAUUUUUUAAAUGUAAUGCUCGAAUCCACCGACAAAAUAAUAUAAUUAUUCCAAUGAUAUUGAUUCUCCUGUAUACAUCAAUAGUGUAUAGACUUUUUUUUAAUGUUUAAGGAUCUUUUUGUUAUAUCUCAUUUUUAUUAUUAAUCUUCAAAGUAUACUCAA